AGGACAGCAAAAGAGGAAAAGUGCUGAAUGACAAUGCUGAGGUUUGCUGUCACCCUCUUCGCUGUCAUAACGUCAUCCACCUGCCGAAAGUUUGGAUGUCUGGAAGGGAACACCCACAAACUGAAGCCAAGUCCUGAGCCAAAUAUGCGUGAAUGCACUCUGUACUCUAAAUCUUCCUGUUGCUAUGCAGACUUCACAGUGCAAUUGGCUCGUUCCCCAGUAAUUAAAAUAAGCAACAGCUACUGGAACAGAUGUGGGCAGCUCAGUAAACCUUGUGAAGAUUUCAUGAAGAAAAUUGAGUGUUUUUACCGGUGCUCUCCAUAUGCUGCUCGCUGGAUCCAUCCCAGCUACACUGCUGCUAUUCGGUCUGUUCCACUGUGUCAAAACUUUUGUGAUGACUGGUAUGAAGCCUGCAAAGAUGAUUACACAUGUGUUCGUAACUGGCUGACAGACUGGGAACAGGAUCAAAGUGGAGAAAACCAUUGUAACAGUGAAUGUAUUACGUACAGCGAGAUGUACACAAAUGGGACUGACAUGUGCCAGAGUAUGUGGGGGAAGUCAUUUAAGGUGAGCAAAUCGUCUUGCCUCUGCUUGCAAAUGAACAAGAAGGACACGGUGGCGAUCAAGUAUCUCCUCUCCAAGAGCUCAGAUGAAAGCUCCAGCAGCAGCAGCAGCAGCAGCAGCAGCAGCAGCAGUGAGGAGCGUUCCUGCCAAAAGAAGCUCCUGAAGUUUGAGAAACUAAAGGGAGAGGAAAAGAAACGUACAAGAUAAAUGCUGGUGGAU